AUGGCGAAGCCGCUUGGUCAUAGGCAGCCUGCAAGAGCAGCGGCAAGAGCAGCGGCUUUAGGCGCUUCGGCUGCUUCGUCUUCUGGGGUGGAAGAGCAUGAAGCGCACGGGGUGGCAGCAACGGUAAGUACACCCCAUCCUGCGCGGACUAUUGUUGUUGCUGCUGCUUGUUGUGCUGCUUCUCCUCUGGCGGCACCAAAGACAGCAGCGAUCGAGGGUUUGCGGCUCAACGGAUGCAGCAACGCAGCGGAGGAGGCCCCUCUCGAGCAGACAGAACUGCCCAUCCCUUCGACUGCAGGAACUGCUGCAGCAGGUGUAUGGACACCCCAGCCGCUGGAGAGGGGUCUUUCUAAGUCGUUCAGCGGCAUCUCGGCGAGUGCCUGCCCGCCUCAGAAGCAGCAGCUCCCGCCAGCGCCUUCCAUCGCUGCUGGAGGAGCUUCGCAUCCGCCUCCCGAUGCAUGUGCCGUUGCCGAUGAAGGCAAGCUUUUUUACGAGAGGAAGAGAUCGGAGGCAAGGCGGACUGGCAGGCGCGUUGAUGCGGAAGGAGCUGCGGUACGUGAGGGGGAAGAGGCAGCAGAGCAGAAAGACGCAGGAGGACUUAUUUUCGCUGCACUCGGCGAGGGGCCUUUAUUCAGGAAUGCGGGGAGCAGCCUUGAUGCGGCUGCAGCAGGCGGCAGUGUAAGCGGCAGCGCGAAUAAAAAUGUCUUUUCUGAGCUCGUCAAGGCGGUUGGUGACUAUGGUUUCAUCCGCAGUGACAGCAGCGGCAGUAGCAGCAUUGACUGCAGCAGCGGCAGUAGUGACAGCGGCAGUAGUAGCAGCAGCACCAGCAGCAGUAGUAGUAGCGACAACAGCAGUCCAGGCUCACGUUUGUGUUGCAGUCGGUAUCAGCGCAUGAAGCGUGACUCGCUAAGGUCUGCUGCCGCUGCGUUGCAUGCAGCCCGAAUCGGGAGCAUGUUGGUCAAUCAGGGAGGUCUGAAUGCGCAUCGCCACUCCCUCUUGGAGCUGUUGCGUAUGGGGGCCCCUGUGCCCUUCACGCUGCCUCCGGUGGCUGUCUCUUCUUCUGCUUCCGCUUCUUCUUCCGCCGCUCGAAUUGCUGGAGUUUCUGGAAUUGCGGAUCGUGACGGCGGGGAGGGGGAGCCUGAGGAGAAGGACCGCAAUUUGAGCCUCUUUCAAGAGCUCCUGAGCCGUUCCCUAGGCGCGCAGACAUGCAGCGACUCAGGCAAGAGCAGCGGAGGAGGGGCAGAAGAGGAGGGAUGGCGCCCACCUCGGGGGGGCCCCCCGGGGGGCCCCCAGUCGCUAGGGGCGAACUGGCCGGACUUGCUGAUUGCUGGAAAGGGUCCAUGGCGACACUGCAGCGGCAGACGAGCUUCGCUACCCUUACGCGUUGCAGCAGCAGCAGCUGUUUCCGAAAAACGCUCUCGUGUCUCAGGGCAGCACACGGCUACGCCGCAAGUAGGAGUGUACCUUCCGCGCGUCUGUGGAUCUAGCCUGAUCGAGUACGGGGGAGUCUUGUUCAAUUUUGGGGGCCUAGACGAAAGCGGCCUUUCUAGCAACGCCGUCCACAAACUUGUCCCUUUGCCUGUCGCGUAUCAGCAGGAGCUCUGGGCAAGGGCGAUGGACUUGGGGGACGCUGUGGAAAUAAUAGACAGCUCUUUAAAGGAUCUAACGGUGGCUUUGAAUUCCCUCAUCAACACGCCGUCUUCGGAGAUGAAGCGGCAGCUAGAAAAGCGGCAGCACCUGCGGCGAGAGCUGCAAGUGGGCCUUUGCCCCUCCGAGUCAGCUGAUGCCUUUUCCAUCGCGCGGCUCGAACGCUUGUUGCAGUGGGCAACGAACCUUAAGUUGCAGUGGGAAAAUUCGUCGUUUCGCGCGCGUGUGGAGGAUACCCGGCUGGCUGUUUUGGAGGGUCGGGGGAGCCGCAGUGCCUUGGACAUUUCUUCAUACCGUGCCAAGUCUCUUCUUAGGCUGCAGAAGCUCCUGACGGCAGUAGAGAUGCACGCAGUUCUGGCUGCUGUAGACGUGUUGCAGGAAGAGGCAACGGCAGCAACAGGCCUCACGCCUGGCGAUGUAGUGGCGGCUGUCAUGGAGGAGACUGAGGAGAGGGAGGCGGGGGACGUCACAGCCGAUGCUGCAGACGCGGAGGCUCUCGACAUUGUUUUCGCUCGUAUCGCGGAUGCCUCACCUCCCGUGCAAAGCGAGCACCAGGACGAUCAUUUUUCUGAAUCCUCACCGCAGAGACAAGGCCUCCUCCUUCCCCAGCAGCCGGAGUGCUCCUCAGCGCGAGGCAGCGAGGACGAACGCGACGGCAGGGAGCGACUGCAGACUUGCAGCAAGAAUCACUAUCGCUCGAUUCUGCGGCAGCGGAAGUCAGGAGAGGCCUCCGCCCCAGCGCGGAGAGAGAGCCUCCCUAGUAGCACCGUAGACGAGGCUGCACCAAGCGGAGAAUUCGCAUGCGCGGAAGCAGAGAGGCGGCCCUGUGUUCGCUUUCACGAGACAGCACCCCAUCGAUUCUCCUGCCCCUCCUCCGCAGUUCUCUUAUUCGAGGGGCAGCCUCUUGGAGCGUCUACGCCUCUUGCCGCUUGCCGCGUUUUCUUAGAAC